AUGGUGGCUGGCAAGUGGAUGGUCCACUUGGACUGCUUCGCCUGGGUGCAGCGUGACUCGUACCUGCCCUGCGGGGCGCGAGGCUUGAAGGCCGUGACGCGCUACAAGCUGAAGUACGACCCUGUGGAACUGGAUCCGGAGGACAUGACGCCCUUUGCCAAGGAAAGGCCGCAGGAGCUGGCAGCGUACUCGGUGUCCGAUGCGGUGGCAACGUACUACCUUUACAUGAAGUACAUCCACGACUUCAUUUUCGCCCUGUGCUCCAUCAUCCCCUACGGUCCGGAUGAUGUGCUCCGGAAGGGCUCCGGCACCUUGUGCGAGUCACUGCUCAUGAACCAGGCGGGCGGGCCCUGA